AUGAUGAUGUGCCGUCUGCUGUGCGCCCUGUUGGUGCUCGCCCUGUGCUGCUGCUGCCCAUCCGUGUGCACCUCAGAGUCUCCGGAGAAGGAUGAUGCUUCCAGUACGACGGACGGGACAACGCGGCCACCAUCCACUGACGAGCGGACUGACGCUGGUGGAAACGUCAAGAGUCGUUCUCCUACUUCAGAGUCAGGACCACGGGUGGAAGUUGAGUCAGAGUUGCCAGGCACGGGGGCCACUGCGGGAAAAUCAGAAAACAAUGCGCCAGGUACACUAGGCUCUACCGGUCCGGAAAAGCAAUCAGAUGAAGUUUCCAAUGCACGACAGACAAAAGGUACGAACGGUGUGAUACAGCCACAAGGUGGCACGAAACCAUCCACGGAACAAGAAAAUCAGGUCGCCGAAUUUGGUGCCGCGACGAUCACGACGACUACUUCAAAGGCACCAACCACCACGACGACCACAGCGCCGGAGACAACAAGUACUACGACUACUGAGGCGCCAACCACGACGACCACCCGCGCACCGUCACGUCUUCGCGAAGUCGACGGCAGCCUCAGCGGCUCUGCGUGGGUGUGUGCCCCGCUGCUGCUCGCCGCAUCCGCGCUGGCGUACACCACUCCGGGCUGA